GCACUGCGCGUCGCGGCGGCCCGGUACCGGGGCAGGGGGUGGCGGGGGGGGGAGCCGGUUAACCGAGCGCUCCCUCCUGCCGCGGCGGCCGGGCCCCUCAGGAGGAGCGUGCGGAGCCCUCAAGCGAGCGGCUCUGCCGCCGGUUGCCGUCCCUACCGCCCCCCCCCGCGGGAGGUAGUGUGAAGCCAUGGCUAUCCUGUUUGCUGUCGUGGCGAGGGGCACAACCAUCCUUGCCAAGCAUGCCUGGUGUGGAGGAAACUUCCUGGAGGUGACAGAGCAGAUCCUGGCGAAAAUACCAUCUGAAAACAACAAACUGACCUAUUCACAUGGGAAUUAUCUGUUUCAUUACAUCUGCCAAGACAGGAUUAUAUACCUUUGCAUCACAGAUGACGACUUUGAACGAUCCAGAGCCUUCAACUUCCUGAAUGAAAUCAAGAAGAGGUUUCAGACCACAUAUGGCUCAAGAGCACAGACAGCCCUUCCCUAUGCAAUGAACAGCGAGUUCUCAAGUGUCUUAGCUGCACAGCUGAAAUACCACUCGGAGAGCAAGGGCGCCGACCAGGUGGUGGAGACGCAAGCUCAGAUCGAUGAACUUAAAGGAAUCAUGGUUCGAAACAUAGACCUUGUGGCACAAAGAGGGGAGAAGCUGGAGUUGCUGAUCGAUAAAACAGAGAAUCUUGUGGAUUCGUCAGUCACUUUCAAAACUACCAGCCGGAACCUUGCUAGAGCCAUGUGUAUGAAGAACCUCAAGCUUACCAUCGUCAUCAUCAUUGUAUCAAUUGUUAUCAUCUAUAUCAUCCUGUCAGCUGCCUGCGGAGGGCUCGCCUGGCCAAGCUGUGUGCAGAAGUAACUGGAGGCAACUGGUGCUGGUCACUUGGAGACGAGAAUCACGGGAGUGUGAAGAAGCAACCUACAGAAUAACUCUUAAUCUUUCACUACUGACACCUCCUCAUUCUUCCAUCCCUCCAGGACUUCAGACUUUUUUGCCUUAUCACCCCAAACAGGCCCAGCCGGUCGCGGCUGCUCUGCAGCUGGACCCUCAAGAAUGGGCUGUUUUAAAGUACUUGAAGGGAUUUCUUUUUUUUUUGUUUGUUUGUUUGUUUGUUUUUCUGUCCCAACUACAGCCUUCUCAGCUGGGUGGGCGGUACGUCCGGCUCCGGAGGGUUAUGUGCAUUCUCACCCGUAGAGCUUUGCACUUUCACGUGAGCGUGCGAGAGGAGAGCGGUCCUGCCGGGGGGGGGGGGACGGGGGACAGUUCAGGGGGGCUCAGCCAAAUAAUGGCAGAAGGACAAGAUUGGGUCUGUGUGUGACCUCCCACUUUCUACAGGCGCCGGGUGCCUCUCCCUGCGGGUCCGGCCUCGUGCCGUGUCUCCGCGGUGCGGGCGUAAUAGUGGCGGCACCAAAACAAAAGGGCUUUUGGGCUGGGGCUUUGGGGCACCGUAAGGCGAAGGGCGAGAUCUCCCUCUUCCUGGGGGUCUUUCUGCAGGUGGCAGGAGGGUGUUGGGUCACCUCGGCGUUUUGAAACGGCUGCCUCUUCAUCCUCGCUUCUUCCUCAUCUCCCUCCCGCCUUAAUUUGUGGAUAAAUCAAUACAGUAAAGGAGAUGGUUGCGUAUAGUUAAGGUUGCAGCAAUGUAUCUGCUUUCUCACACGUUAUUUUUCCUCUUCUUGAGAGUGGACUGAAAUGAGUGCUGAUGUUCUCACUUGCUAAGGUGAAAUUGGGGGCCAAUCUGCUGAUCUGGCUUGACACGAGGGGUCAGGGGGCUGCCGCUUGUGCUUCUGCAGGGCAGGAUGUGCGCUGAAAACCGCGGACAGAGAAGGGCCAGAAGGCUGGAGGGGCGGGACAGUUACUUUUUCCGUGGCCUGACGAAGAAAGGCUCUUCCAGAGGUUGGUCGUAGUAGCACGUACUCCUCUGAAAAGCAGAAAAAAAAAAAAAAACCAAAACCCCAAGGCUAAUAACCAAAUGCGGGAUGAGGUGUGCCGAGGCCGGGGGCUGCCCUGCCCGCGGUGGCCACUGGGUGUGUGUCCCAGGUGGCCACCGGCCCCCCGGGGGCUGAGCCUGAGCGGCGGCUGCGCGGGGCGACCUGUGGCUCCCCGGCUCGUUCCCAGGAAAAGAACCAGGAGCAACGACCCAGGUCUUGUAGAAGCAGCUGCUGGUGGGGGAAGGGGGAGCCGCAUCCCCCGGGGAAGGGGGAGCCCGGGUGGGUGCUGCCCUGGAACGGCGGCUUUUCCCCCCCCCCCGGAGCUUCCCGGCGGGGGCUGGGGGAAGGGUUUUCCCCCCAAACCUCCUGCGAUUCCGCGGCUUUGUCUUCUACGAGGUUCCAACUGAACGAAGGGUGUUUGGCUCCUGGUGGUUCUGGUCAGCAGGGUUGGGCUGGCAGCUCUUUCCAGUUGUGUGCAUUCGACUGUAAAGCGGAGACACCCUUCCUCUUCCCUCCUCCUCCUCCUCCAGCCCCCCCCAGCCCCCCCGUUUCAGUGUACAACUGUGCAUGUUUUAGGGAUUGGUGAUGUUGCUGUGUUCAUUUCUAUGAUUUGUUGUCCUGUGUACAAAUACUUUUUAAAGAAAAUCUUUCCCUUUUAAAGGAUGCACUGAGGCAUUAGUGUAAAAACAAAGGCAACUCGAUUUAAAUAAAAUUAUUGUACAGCCA